CACGAUCGGGGCCCAUUCUUUGAUCGGCCGUCGGCGUACUACCACGACUCCAACCUUUUUUUCGCGCCUGUCUCUGCCUCUCUCAAAUAUCCCCUUCUUUCAUCGCUUCCUCCCCCCGUCCCUCGCGCCCACGCCUGCGUGCGACCCCCUUGCUGGCGACCUCCCCCCUCGAUCCUCGUCCGAACACAGCCUACGGCCCCGUGCCAUCACGCUCGUUUGACUCCCUUCCACCCCUCGGUCGUCUAGCAUGUCGCCGAAACGGCAUUCUGCACCUGCCUUCGCUCUGCUGGGGUUCGCCAUACUCACGUCCGCGCAGACCCUGCCUCCACCAGGCCAGCCCGCUCGCUCGAACGCGUCGCUCGGGAAAUACGACAUCGUCGGGAACAGUCUCGUCAGUGCGCAACAGCUCUUCCUCGGCACGGAGAACACCGUCUUCAUCAUCGACAAGGUCGAGAACAACUCCGCGCGGCUCAAUGGUCACCCUGCGUGGGCGUCGCGUUACGACCUGGGCUCGAACGACGCCAGUCCGAUGGAUGCCAUCACGAAUACCUUCUGUGCGGGUGGCGGCGUACUCGGAAACGGCAGUUGGCUGGUCGUCGGCGGAAACCAGGCAGUUACGACAGGCGGUGCAACUGCGAGCAGCCAAAACGGUGUCCCACCUUAUGAUGAUCCCGACGGAGGGAAGAGGCGCGUGCUUCCACUUGAUUUGCAACGAAUUGCGUUGCUUCAACCCUGCGACGGCGAUAGCUGUGAUUGGCAGCUCGUUGGGCAGAUGGCCACUCGACGAUGGUAUCCCACUGUCGAGACCUUGGAAGACGGCCGAGUAAUCAUCAUUGGUGGAGACGGCUAUGGUGGGUUCGUGAACGAUGCCUCGCAAACCAAUCCGACCUACGAAUUCUUUCCCGCUGCCGCCGGUGCACAGCCCGUUACCUCGCCUCUUCUGCAACGCACCCUUCCCGCAAACCUCUACCCAUUGACGUGGCUGCUCCCCUCCGGACGCCUAUUUAUGCAGGCGAACUUUGGUACUGCGAUUCUUGAUUACAAGGUAGAGCAGGAGUAUCAACUUCCGGACAUGCCUCACGCCGUGCGCACGUAUCCUGCGAGCGCUGGCACCGCGAUGUUGCCGCUGACGCCGGCAAACAACUGGACGGCAACAAUCGUAUUCUGCAGUGGCAUGGACGUCGCCCCGAACGCCUGGGACCCGAACGCGGACUGGCCAACGAUGUCGACAUCCAAGUCUUGCGUGCGCAUCACGCCCGACGUGUCGCAGAACUAUGAAGAGGACGACGACGUACCGGGGCCGCGGUCAAUGGGGAAUAUGAUCAUCCUCCCCACAGGCAAGAUCAUGUAUCUCAACGGUGCGCAGACCGGCGUUGCGGGAUAUGGCAGUGGGUCGAACACUGUCGGCGACUCGUAUGCGGACAACCCUGCGUUCCAGCCGAUGAUCUACGACCCCGAUGCGCCAGCCGGAUCGCGCUGGUCCUCAGACGGCCUUUAUCCUAGUACUAUCGCGCGCAUGUACCACUCGACCGCGACCCUGCUCGUCGACGGCUCCAUCCUCGUCUCCGGGUCCAACCCGCACCCCGACGUCGUCCUCUCCAACACCAAGUUCCCGACCGAGUACCGUGUCGAGAUCCUCUACCCCUCGUACUACAACGCGCCGCGCCCGGAGCCGCAGGGCAUCCCGGCGUCGAUCGGCUACGGCGGGCCGUACUUCAACCUUACGCUUUCGGCCGCCGACCUCGCGCACGACGUCGCGAACCUGAACCGCACGUCCGUCGUGCUCGUGCGCCCCGGCUUCUCGACGCACGCGAUGAACAUGCAGCAGCGCAUGCUCGUGCUCGAGAACACGUACACCGGCACCACCAGCACCAACACUAGCGGCGGCGGCGGGGGCACGCUGCACGUCGCGCCCGUGCCGCCGAACCCGGCGCUCUUCCCGCCCGGCCCGGCCCUCCUCUUCGUCGUCGUCGCCGGCACGCCGAGCGUCGCGCGCCAGGUCACCGUCGGCGCCGGCAGCAUCGGCGCGCAGCCCACGCGCGCGGCCGUCGCGCUCCCCGCGAGCCGCGUCCUCGCCGCGGACGCGGACGCGACGGGCCAGGGCCCGAACCAGACGGCGACGGCGAGUGCCACCGGCGUGAAGGUCCAGGCGGCGAGUGCGGCGUCGCCGGCGCGCGGCUUGGUGGGACUCUGGACGGCGGUUGGAGCGCCGCUUGUGGUUGCGGGUGUGUUGUUGCUGCUGUGUGCGCCGCCGUUGUGACUGCACCGCGCAUGGACCCACGAAAUUUCUCGUGAUCCCUGUUGGUUGGACCUUUUUUUUUCACGAUCGCGAUCGGACACAUUGUUGUUUGUAUGUAUUCAUGUGCUGAUGGACUCGGCCUGUGGACCCUUGUGCUGGUGGUUGCCACAGCCAGUUUAUUUGUCAUCAUGUACCACCACCAUACUUGUAGUGUACUAUACCUCACCCUCCUCUGUACGUUUCCGGGCCCCACCCGUCGUCAUUCCUUUCUGUUGGACAGGCAUCUAGGACACUUGUACCUGCAUUUUUGAAAGCUACAUGUACACUUGCGAAUCAAGCGUGCCGUAUACCGUCG